AUGGAUAUCUCCCGAUCGCCUUUGCUCCGAAAUAAGUUUUCUGUUGCCCGCCUGGCUGAGGAGUUUUUCUGGAUUGGUGGGAGCAUUGCAGCCACUCCCAAAUGGAAAAUGGGCCAGAUAGUGGAAAAAUGUAUGAACUCCAUGCAGACGGGCACUCAAAUGAUCAAACUCCGCGGCAGUUCCAAAGGUCUUGUCCGUUUCUACUACCUGGAUGAGCACAAGUCCUGCAUUCGCUGGAGACCCUCCCGAAAGAACGAAAAAGCCAAAAUCUCUAUAGAUUCGAUCCAGGAGGUGUGCGAAGGGAAACAGUCAGAGAUCUUCCAGCGCUACGCCGAUGGCAGCUUUGAUCCCAACUGCUGCUUCAGCAUCUACUAUGGGGACCACAUGGAGUCUCUUGACUUGGUGUCAUCCAGUGGAGAGGAGGCCCGGACGUGGAUCACCGGUCUCAAGUACCUGAUGGCUGGGAUCAGCGACGAAGACAGCCUGUCGAAACGGCAGAGGACGAGAGACCAGUGGUUGAAGCAAACCUUUGACGAAGCGGAUAAAAACGGUGAUGGCAGCCUGAGCAUUAAUGAAGUGCUCCAGCUGAUGCACAAGCUGAACGUCAACCUGCCCAGACAGAAAGUCAAGCAGAUGUUCAAGGAAGCAGACACGGACGACAACCAGGGCACGCUGGACUUCGAAGAGUUCUGCGCCUUCUACAAGAUGAUGUCCACCCGCCGGGACCUGUACCUGCUGAUGCUCACCUACAGCAACCACAAGGACUACCUGGACGUGGACGACUUGAAGCGCUUCCUGGACACGGAGCAAAAGAUGCACAAUGUAACCAGGGAUCAUUGUCUGGAAAUUAUCAAUCAAUUUGAACCAUGUCCAGAGAACAAGAAACAAGAAGCUCUUGGUAUUGACGGAUUCACCAACUACAUGCGCAGCCCAGCUGGGGAUGUGUUCAACCCGGAACACUACCACGUCAACCAGGACAUGACCCACCCCUUGAGCCACUACUUCAUCACCUCUUCUCAUAACACCUACCUCAUGGGAGACCAGCUGAUGUCUCAGUCCAGAGUCGACAUGUACGCUUGGGUUCUGCAGUCCGGGUGCCGAUGUGUAGAAGUUGACUGUUGGGACGGACCAGACGGGGAACCCAUAGUCCACCAUGGCUACACACUGACCUCCAAGAUCCUUUUUAAAGAUGUGAUUGAAACCAUCAACAAAUAUGCCUUCAUCAAGAGCGAGUACCCUGUCAUUUUGUCGAUUGAGAACCACUGCAGUGUUGCCCAGCAGAAAAAGAUGGCCCAGUACCUCACUGAAAUCCUGGGGGACAAGCUGGAUCUGUCUUCCGUGAGCAAUGAAGAUCCCACAAAGCUGCCUUCCCCGGAGAGUCUUAAAGGGAAAAUAUUAGUCAAGGGGAAGAAGCUUCCAGCCAACAUUAGUGAAGAUGCGGAGGAAGGAGAAGUGUCUGACGAAGACAGCGCUGAUGAGAUGGAUGAUGACUGUAAACUAAUGAAUGGAGAUGCAUCCUCCAACCGGAAGCGAGUGGAGAACAUGGCAAAGAAGAAGCUGGACUCUCUGAUCAAGGAAUCCAAAAUUCGUGACUGUGAAGAUCCAAAUAAUUUUACAGUGACCACCAUGCCACCUACCGGGAAACUUGGCAACAAGCACGAACUCAAGAAGAGCAAACAUGACGAUGACGCGGAGUCCAUCGAAGAUGCUGUUGUCGCCAAACGGCCCAGCCGGUCACUGAUGGGGAGCUUUUCCAAACGCAAGAAAAAAGGAAGCAAGCUGAAAAGGGUGUCGAGUCCAGAAGAUGGUGAGGAAGACCUUGACCUUCAGGGGAACUUAGCUAGAGGGUCCGUGCAUUACAGCAAAACAAACCGGCAGAAGAAAACCAUGAAAUUAUCCCGGGCACUGUCAGACCUGGUAAAAUAUACCAAAUCUGUUGGAAUCCAUGAUGUAGAAUCUGAAAUCUCUUCCAGUUGGCAAGUGUCUUCGUUCAGUGAAACGAAAGCUCACCAGAUACUCCAGCAAAAACCGGCCCAAUACCUGCACUUCAACCAACACCAGCUGUCCCGCAUCUAUCCUUCCUCCUACCGGGUGGACUCCAGUAAUUACAACCCUCAGCCCUUCUGGAAUGCUGGCUGCCAAUUGGUCGCACUAAACUACCAGUCCGAGGGGAGGAUGCUGCAGCUCAACCGCGCCAAAUUCAGUGCCAAUGGGAACUGCGGCUACGUCCUCAAGCCCAGGUGUAUGUGUCAAGGGAUCUUCAACCCAAAUUCUGAAGAUCCACUGCUUGGCCAGAUGAAGAAGCAGCUUGUCUUAAGAAUAAUCAGUGGACAGCAGCUCCCAAAGCCCCGGGAUUCCAUGCUUGGAGACCGAGGAGAGAUUAUAGAUCCAUUUGUGGAAGUGGAAAUAAUUGGAUUGCCGGUGGACUGCUGUAAAGAACAGACAAGGGUCGUCGAUGACAACGGCUUCAAUCCGAUGUGGGAGGAAACAUUGGUGUUUACCAUCUGUAUGCCGGAGAUUGUGUUGGUUCGCUUUCUGGUGUGGGAUCACGAUCCCAUUGGAAGGGAUUUUAUUGGGCAGAGGACGAUAGCAUUCCCAAGCAUCAUGCCAGGCUAUCGACACGUCUACCUGGAAGGAAUGGAGGAGGCAUCCAUCUUUGUGCAUGUAGCGAUGCAUGACAUAUGCGGUAAGGCCAAGCAAGCUCUGGGCUUAAAAGGUCUGUUUCUCAGAAAUCCAAAGCAGGCAUCUCUCGACAGUCAUGUUGCUGGCCAACUCAACCGCAAACACUCCUUUAGCAGCCAGCUUUUACGGCGGACGGCCAGCGCGCCCACUAAGACCCAGAAGAAAACCAAGAAGGGCUUUCCCGAGAUGAUGAUGGAUGGCAGAGACAACAGCUCUGAGGGGGCUGGAGAAGACCAUGAACUCGAAGAAUCCUCUUAUCCUCGUUUCGACCAAGAGCCAGAAUGUGCUUCCCCGGCACCUUCUCUCAGAGACGGUGCCAACCGGGAGGCUCAAAGCAAGGGGUUGAAAGGUAAGGCCCACAGUUCUGGCAAAGGCCAAGCCGGCCACGGCCGUGCACACAGGGACGCGACCUUCAGUGAGCCCGUCCGGAGGUCCAACCGGGUCCAGCUGCAGGAGCCUCCGAGCGAGAAGCAGGGUGUGUUUGCCCGCUGUGCCAUCAAUGGAUCCGGUAGGAUUGGCAUGGCCACCAACUGCAUGAAGUGCAUGAUUGGCUCGAGUGGAAGCCCGGAUCUAGAUUGCAAGGAGAGUGACCAUCCUACCACAGGGCCUGCUCCUCACGAUGCGCCCCCCUGCGGCCGGUAUAGCAGCCCGGCGGGAGACGAGGAGAGGCUAGAGCUAAGAAAUUGGGGGAUCCAAGAGCAGCCCAGGUCGCAGUCAGAUCUGCAUCUGUGCAUUGGCUACGGGGCUGCCGGUAGCCUUCCCAGGACUCGCCAGCCCUUUGCGUCCUCAGGGAAGAAAGCCGGUGAUUCCAAAAGUCAUGGGCUCAAAGGGCCUUCCCGGCCACGGUGGCAGGGCCAGCCCGGUGGCAAAUACGGAAGCACCGUCAACUUGGUGACUACCAGCAAUGGCUCCAUAUCCUCCAACUCCAGCAGCUUGGAGAGCCUUGGAAGUCCCAACCUCCCUCAGCGUUGGUCUGAGAGCUCCAGAAAACAGGCGGGCACCCUUCAGAGGGAAAUGAAUGCCUUGUUUGCUGAAAAAAUGGAGGAAAUUCGGAGUAAAUCUCCCAUAUUCUUUACUGACGUCCGCCAAUGCUCAAUGCAGAGGUCCAUCCCUUCAUUAUGCAGCCUGGAGACCAUCAGUGAAGAACCCUUUGUUGCCAACGAGAACCAGCCCACCAGCUCUUGCUUUCCUCUGCCCACCUCCCCUGCCGGUGAUUCUGAAGAAGGACCUGGGCCCGAUUAUUCCUAUGCAGAUGGUCCAGAUGGUCCCUUUGAGAGACCUCCUCUUCUGCAACGUGCCGUGGCAGUGACGAGGGAGAGCAGGUUCCUUGCAACCCGCCCCACCUUUGCAAGUGUCCAGGGAUGGGGGGAUGUUGGGACAAGCAGAGAAGACGGCGCCGGACAGAAAGGGGCACAGGGCAGUGCAGAUCUGCCUGGCUCACCAACUCAGGACCAUGUAGCGCUGGCCAACCCUUGGCUCUAUUCCGCCAGAACUGGUCCGAAGCAAAGAGAUGGGGUGCUUCUAGAACGGAGGAAUGUUGGGAGAACUGAGAAGGGUGGCGCCGCAGCUGGGCAGCCACACCAAAGAGAUGUGAGACGCAACAUGCCUCCAAGCUCACCUCAGAAAUCUCCCCAAGGAGCUCCAGACGCCGCAGUCCCCGUGUGUCGCAUGAUAGCAAGGAGGUCGAAGUGCGAUGGGUACAAACUUUGUGACUGUUCCGUCUCAAUGAGGCAUCUCAAUGGCUCUUCUCCGGCAGCCGAGGUCUACUCAGAUGCCACCGUCAACGACCGUAUCUGGAGCAAGCUCGACACCAACAGCCACAGGGACAGCAUGUCUUCCUCCUCCAGCAUGUCCUCCAAUGACACCGUCAUAGAUCUUUCCAUGCCCAACCUUGCUCGGAAAAGCCUCCCAGACUUGGAAGCUCAGCACGAGAACUUUGACGCCCGCCCUGGGAGAAGAGGCGUGCGCCCCUGGUCAGCUAACGCUGCCUCGAGGGGGGAAAUGCCCCUGGUGACGAAAAGCAAGUCCAACCCCAACCUGAGGUCGGGGCAGCCCAUGGAGGACGAGCUGUGCCCGAGGCCAUUAGCUGGAUUCCUCAAGCAGGGCUCACCGUCCAUACCCAGGAGACACACCUGGAGCCGCUUGUAUAUGGAGAGCCUCAGGCAGUCCUGCCUCAGGUCCGGAGUCCGGGAGGAGGCUGAGCCCAGCCAGGCCAAGUCGAAAAGCCUUGGCGACCUGACCUCCGACGACAUCACGUGCCCCUUCGAGAGCAAGUACCGCAGCAUCAGCCGGAGCUUCAUCACCCGGUCCAUGCGGGAGCAGCGCCACGGCGCAGCCACACGGUCCCCGGCCAAGCCCCCGGACGGGCUGGCGGAGCGCCUGAGGAGGCUGACCACCUUCCAGAAGGAGGGCGACAUCACCUCCCCAACCAGCCUCGAGCCCCACGAGUCCGAGGAGGAGGAGGAGGAGGGGACGGGCCUCCUCCGGCGGUCUUCCUCCAGGAGCCAGAGCAGGGUGCGCUACAUCGCCAACCGGGCCAAGCAAGCGCAGGAGAGGCAGCGGCUGCAGAGCCUGGCCCUGAGCCGGGGGGGGCCCAUCGAGGAGCGGGGCAACCCCGAAGGAGCCUGCUGCUUGCCGGGAGGGGCCUGCGGGGACGCGGCUUCCCCCAGUCUGUUUACAACCCCACUCAAGCACCAAACUGACUUGAACCGCGACGCCGAAGUCAUCUUUCUGUUCAAACUGUAA